ACUGAGAUAAACCGGCCAGGGCAGAGUGAUAUAUUUUAAAAAGCAAGUCUGAAGACACUGAUUUAGGUUUAAAGACUCUUCUGCAUCUCCCCUACCCUGCACAGGGUCCCUCAAGGAACUUGAACUGCUGUGUUUCUUGGGGAGCCCAUAUGAAAUACAUUCAUCGAAUUCAUCCAACAAAUAUGUACUAAGCAUCAUCACUAUACUAGGUAGAGAGGACACAACAGAGACUAAGACAGAUAAAAAUCCCUACCUUCAUGGAGCUGAUAUUCUAGUGAGGGAUACAAUAAAUGAAUAGAUCAAAUAUGUGGUGUGCCAGAUAGUGAUAAGUAUUCAAGGGAAAAACAAAACAGAAGGCAGACAGGAAGAAUAUGUAUGUAUCUGGGAGAGGGUUAUCAUUUCACAUAGAGUGACAAUCAUAAAGGGAAGAACUUUCCAGACAGAGCAAAUAACACAGGCAAAGGCCCUGGGGCAACAAUGUGCCUGACAGGCUAGAGAAGCACCAAGUAGGCCAAUAACACUGGAGCAGAUUGAGAGAGGCAGGACGGAGAUGAGGUCAUACAGGGAUCCAGUUUCUGUAGGGCUUUAUAGGCCUGCUUUCUGCCUGUUCCAGCCUCUUCUUGUCUUUUAUACAGUGAACAGAAGGCUCUGUGACUGCAUGCGGGGAACAGAAUAUGGAAGUGGGUUGACCAGUGAAGCUAUUAAAAUAGUGCAGUAGGGAGGUGAUACUGGCUAGUACCAGGGUGGGGCAGAGAAUGGGGUUACAAGUGGUCAAUUCUGGAUAGAUUUUAAAGGGAGAGCCAAGAGCAUUUGCCAAUGGACUGGACAAGGAGCAUGUCCUGGCCCAGUUCGAAUAACAAACCUGUAGUCCAACAACAUCAGGUUUAUUUACCACAGCAAUGAGGGAGACUCCACACCAGCGGUACUGUGGGGAGUCUCACCAAAGGAAAAGAUAGUUAUUAUUGGGUUUGGGGGAAGGGUGAAAUUUAGGUGAGAUGUAAAUGAAAGUGGCCAGGCUCAAUGCAAAGUAGAACUGUAUAUAAAGGGAUCAAUAUCAAGUCUGUCCUGUCCCCUUGGAAACAAUAAUGUUUACACAGAGGUGGAAUGCUGUGUCCAGAAUCACCUUACCUGAGCUCUGCACCGGGACUGUAAAUUGAGGCUGCUUGUGUCAAAGUGACCUAACUCCUCUUAUUCUUACCCAUGUAACUUGAAACAACAAAGAUUGUGAUAGUCUAUGAUUUUAGAGAACAAAAUUUCCUAGUCAGUAAGAGAGUAGUAGUCAAAGAAAGGGAGUUGUGUCCUUUUACAUCUGCAGCAUAUCCCUGAAUAAAAUAUAGAAAUAUUUUUUCCUUUUAACUACUCAUCCGGCUUUUUUGUGUGUCUGUUAUUCCAGCCAAAUAAAUGGGAAGGCAGAUUUUUUUACAGUUCAAGCUAAUUUUUACUUUCUCAAGUGUGAGGAAAAAGAGGUAAGGGUGACUCUAAGGUUUCUGUCUUAAGGAAGGAAAGAUGGAGUAAGCUAUUAACUAAGGUUGUGGAAGGUUUGGGGGAGACAAGAUCAGGAGCUGGGUUUCGGAUGUUUUGAGUUUGAGAUGUCUCAAAUUCGUGGAGAUGGUUCGUGGUUCCUUACAGACCCAGGAACAACCUCACUUCUCCCUACAGAGCGCCCCCCCCCCUUCUUCCGCCCGCUCCAUUCACUCACUACCUGUAGUUAAUCGUCCAGCCCUGUUUUAACGUAUCUGCAUCUUUGUUAUGUGCGGUGAAACGCUGAGAAUACCGUCUCUUCACCUGCCAACCCUGCUUGACACUGCAAGCUGGACCAAGUGCCCGCAUGGGGACUGACCUUCGCCCCACUACUGCGCUCACUUGUAGAACCUCACAGGGCGGUUGUCGGCGCCCCGCAGGCCGGCAGUGUUGGAGCAUUUCGGAGCCCAGCAGCACCUGGGCAUGGCUGUCCAGCCCGUAGUUUCCCGCGGUCUGCAGCAGCACUUCGGUGGUCGCCCGCUUACGCUCUCUCCUCUGGGCUCAUUUCAGAGCCGGGUGCUACCUCACGUGCCUCGGGAGGGAGGAGUGCGCCUGUGAACUACCCGCCCUUCCGGUUACCACACCUGCACCCUGGUCACGUGGUGAAUGCGGAAACAGGAAUACCUCCCCGUCACCCGGACCUGAUCACCAGGUCAGGGAGAGAUGGCGUCACGGCGCUUCCGAGCCUGCGCCAACUCGUCAGUCUGCUUCGGCUCCACCCUGGCUUACGUCCGGGAGACGCCGCUGCCAGGCUGUUGCCCUGCGGCGGCAGCAAAAAGCGAGAUGUGGCGGUUUUGGUCUUGGCCACGUAAAAGUUUAAACCGGUACGUUUUAGUGAGUGAUGAAAACGCAGACUAGAAGCGCCACCAUGCUUGAAUCUAGCUGUGGCCCCACCUCGCCAAACACUCCACUCCGCCUCUUAUUCCUCAUUGGUCAAAAGCACCGCCCGGCAGUACUGCGAUUGGCGAAACGGGCGGCUACCGCAUCCAAUGGGCGGCGGUGCUGGCUUUCCCGCUGCGGUUCGUUACUUGAGAGGGUCGUGGCGGCGGCGGCAGUUGAGUGUAACGGUCGCCCGGCUCCGGUGCGACCAUGGCGGCCUUGGGGCCCGGAGGCUACGCGCGGAACGAUGCGCGGAGAGGCCAGUCCUCCCCGCCCCCCUCUCCAGCGCUCUGCCUCCGCCGGCGGAUGCGACUCCCCACGGCGCCAGAGGACACAGUGCAGAACCGGGUGUCACUGGAGAAGGUGCUUGGCAUCACAGCCCAGAACAGCAGUGGCCUAACCUGUGACCCCAGCACAGGCCACGUGGCCUACCUAGCAGGCUGUGUGGUGGUGAUUUUGGACCCCAAGGAGAACAAGCAGCAGCACAUUUUUAACACUGCCAGGAAGUCUCUGAGCUCUCUGGCCUUCUCCCCUGAUGGGAAGUACAUAGUGACGGGAGAGAACGGGCACAGGCCUACUGUGCGAAUCUGGGAUGUGGAUGAGAAGAGUCAGGUGGCAGAGAUGUUGGGCCACAAGUACGGCGUGGCCUGUGUGUCCUUCUCCCCAAAUAUGAAGCACAUUGUGUCCAUGGGCUAUCAGCACGACAUGGUACUCAACGUCUGGGACUGGAAGAAAGAUAUUGUGGUGGCCUCCAACAAGGUAUCAUGCAGGGUCAUCGCCCUCUCUUUCUCAGAGGACAGCAGCUAUUUUGUUACUGUUGGUAACCGGCAUGUUAGGUUCUGGUUCUUGGAAGUCUCCACUGAAGCAAAGGUGACGGGGACAGUGCCCCUCAUAGGGCGCUCAGGCAUCCUGGGUGAGCUGCACAACAAUGUCUUCUGUGGUGUGGCUUGUGGCCGGGGCCAGAUGGCAGGCAACACCUUCUGUGUGUCCUACUCGGGCCUCCUCUGCCAGUUCAACGAGAAGAGGGUGCUGGAGAAGUGGAUCAAUCUGAAGGUCUCCCUGUCUUCCUGCCUCUGUGUCAGCCAGGAGCUCAUCUUCUGCGGUUGUACAGAUGGGAUAGUUCGCAUCUUCCAGGCCCACAACCUACAUUACCUCACCAACCUGCCCAAGCCACACUACCUUGGGGUGGAUGUGGCCCAGGGCCUGGAGCCCAGCUUCCUCUUCUGCAGGAAGGCAGAAGCAGUCUAUCCGGAUACGGUGGCACUGACCUUUGACCCCAUCCACCAGUGGCUAUCCUGUGUGUAUAAGGACCACAGCAUCUAUAUCUGGGAUGUCAAAGAUAUCAACAAAGUAGGCAAGGUGUGGUCAGAGCUCUUCCACAGCUCCUACGUCUGGAAUGUGGAGGUGUAUCCUGAGUUUGAAGAUCAGAGAGCUUGUCUGCCAACUGGAUCUUUUCUGACUUGUUCCUCAGACAACACCAUUCGCUUCUGGAACAUAAAUAGCAGCCCUGACUCUCCCUGGCAGAAAAACAUCUUCAGUAAUACCCUACUGAAGGUAGUGUAUGUAGAGAAUGACAUCCAGCACCUUCAGGACAUGUCACACUUCCCAGACCGGGGUAGUGAGAAUGGGACACCUAUGGACGUGAAAGCCGGGGUACGAGUCAUGCAAGUCAGUCCUGAUGGUCAACACUUGGCUUCAGGCGACCGAAGUGGAAAUCUGAGGAUCCAUGAGCUGCAUUUCAUGGAUGAGCUGGUCAAGAUGGAAGCCCAUGAUGCUGAGGUGCUAUGCCUGGAGUACUCCAAGCCUGAGACUGGGCUUACCUUGCUUGCCUCGGCCAGUCGGGACCGACUGAUCCAUGUGCUGAACGUGGAGAAGAACUACAACCUGGAGCAGACCCUGGAUGACCACUCCUCCUCCAUCACGGCCAUCAAAUUUGCAGGCAACAGAGACAUCCAAAUGAUCAGCUGUGGGGCCGAUAAGAGCAUCUACUUUCGCAGUGCCCAGCAGGGCUCCGAUGGGCUUCACUUUGUCCGUACUCACCAUGUGGCAGAGAAGACCACCUUGUAUGACAUGGAUAUUGACAUCACCCAGAAGUACGUGGCUGUGGCCUGCCAGGACCGCAAUGUGAGAGUCUACAACACCAUGAAUGGAAAGCAGAAGAAAUGCUACAAGGGCUCCCAGGGCGAUGAAGGGUCUCUGCUGAAGGUCCACGUGGACCCCUCAGGCACCUUCCUAGCCACAAGCUGCUCUGAUAAAAGCAUCUCGGUGAUAGACUUUUACUCGGGCGAGUGCAUUGCCAAAAUGUUUGGCCAUUCUGAAAUUGUCACCGGCAUGAAGUUCACCUAUGACUGUCGUCAUUUGAUUACAGUAUCUGGAGACAGCUGUGUGUUCAUCUGGCACCUGGGCCCAGAGAUUACCAACUGCAUGAAGCAGCACUUGCUGGAAAUUGACCAUCUGGAGCAGCAGCAGCAGCAGAAUACAAAGGAUGGGAAAUGGAGCAGCCACCCCAGGCAGGAGACAUAUGCAUCCAUGCCCGACAAGAUUUGUUCCCUAAGAUCUGGAGAGCAGACAGAGGAUGAGCUGGAAGAAGAGUGUGAACCUGAAGAAUUACUGAAGACACCAUCCAAAGAGAGCUUGGAUUCAGAUCCUCAGUGCCUGCUGACCAACGGCAAGCUGCCACUCUGGGCAAAGCGGCUGCUUGGAGAUGAUGAUAUGGUGGAUGGCUCAGCCUUCUACACCAAGCACAGCUACCAGCCACAUGGCCGCUGGGCAGAGCGGGCUGACCAGGAGCCCCUCAAGACCAUCCUGGAUGUCCGUGACCUGGAUUGCUACUUUACCCCCUUGAAGUCCGACAGUCUGGAGGACUCCGUUCUGGAUAUAGUGAAGCCACAGAGCCUGGCAGGCCUGCUGAGUGAGUCAGAGAGUCCCCAGGAAGAUGGCUGUAGGAAUCCUUCCUUCCUGCCUCUACAGAAGGAGUGCUCUGAAGCCAGAGAGGUCGUCAGCUCCCUGGAGGUAGAGGUGACCGUCCCAGGGACAGACAGCAAGUACGGCUCAGAAGAAGUGGAGAGGGAGCCUGGAGACCAGCAAGGUGACUCCUAUCUCAGGGUCUCCUCCAUGGGCUCGAAGGAUCAGAGCAAACUUGAGGAUUCAGGGGAUUCAGAAGCCUACUUGGAGUGUACCUUCACCACCAUCCAUUCCUCCCCUCCACAGCUGGACUCAGACCCUCAGUUUGACGUGACAGUGACCCCUAUACCAGCAUGCCCAGGAACAGCAGAAGAGUUGUCUCGGCCUGAGCUGGCAGGCAUAUCCAAUGGCUCCCUGCCCCAGACCCCUGAGCAAGAGAGGUUUCUCCGCCAUCACUUUGAGACGCUUACUGACACCCACCAUGAGGAGCUCUUUCGCAGAUCCCUAAGAGAUGUGACGGCCUCUGCGGAUGAGGACUUUUUUAAUCCCCGGCUGAGCAUCUCAGCCCAGUUCCUCUCACGUCUCCAGAAGACAUCCAGGCUCAACCACACCUUCCCUUCCCCGCUGCACCUGCACCUUGUGAAGUCCCCGGAGGUCAAACUCAUAGACCUCCAGGGGAACCAGGCCAGAGCAGAACCAGGUACUGGCUACACCUUCCCAGGGAGGACCAAUGUCCUCUCUGGGAGGAAAGCUAAGGAGUCGCUUGACAACCUGGAGGCCUGGUGCCCACUGACCCCCUGCCUCACAGCCACUUCCUGUGUUCCCUCCUCCUCAGCACUGCCCACAGAUAGGAAGCCUCUGGCACCCACAACCCUACCCACUCCAGGCCUCCAUACCCCCUCUACCUGUUCUUAUAUAGAGGCCACUGCCAGUUCCUGUGCCAAGAUGUCACCCAGCAUUUCCCUUGAGGACAGUGAGGACCCUGUUUUGGUUGACAAAGAGAGAGGGAGACCCCUCUGCAGGCCCUCAUCCGUGGGGAAGCUGGCCUCCAUGGACCAGGAGCUUCAGGCCAUCACCACCACAGCAGCAACCAGUUCUGACAGUGAGGGCCAAGAGCCUGCCCUGCCCUCCCAGGGCAACUAUGAAGCCCGGGACAGCUUCAAGCAGACCCUGUCAGGCGUCUGCGACAGGCUCUUACUGCCCUCACCCCCACAGGAGCCACCCACUACUUGUGUCUGGUCCCAGGAACCUGUGGCCACCCAGUCCGAUGUCACAGUCACAACAGCUAGCUUCCCGGCUUCCAGCCCCGUAGAUAUGAGCUCCCUGAGGCUCCACAGCUCCACCUUUCUCCCAAGGCUUCUGGCCGCUGAACCCCUCAACACCCCUGCACACCCCAACAGCCCCCCACUUCCAGAGGCCAUGCCUGGCAGCAUCACCUCCCUCCUGGAGCUCACCCCUGAUGCACUCAGUGUACUCCGGGACAGCCCUGGACACUGGGGAGAGCCUGGAGUGCCAGCCAGAGUCCUGUCCCCAGCUCCCCUUGAGGUGAGCAGUGUGGGGACCAUUGUGCACAAACUACAGACUGCCUUCCAAGAAGCCCUGGACCUUUACCACCUGAUGGUCUCCAGUGACCAGUUGAGUACCAAGCAGCGGCAGGCACGGACUGAGCUAGCCUCCACCUUCCUUUGGAUCCACAGCCAGUUAGAGACCAACGACUGGCUGGUUGGGAAUGAUGCGGCCCCAGCCCAGGCCCUCCCCAGCCCUGACCCCCCCUCCCCACCUACAUUGUGCCCCCUGGCCAGCCCAGAUUUGCGUGCCCUGCUGGAACACUACUCGGAGCUGCUGGUGCAGGCUGUGCGGAGGAAGGCACAGGGGGACUGAGGGUCAGCAGCCCUGCUACUUUCUGAUAAAAUAGGUAUUUUUAAGCAAAUAAACGGACAAUUUGGAGGAA